AUGGACGCCUUGCCGGCGCCGUCGCCGGAGAAGACGACGACGAGGGACUGGUCGGAGCUGCCGGUGGACGCGCUCUCGGUGGUCUUUGCCAAGCUCGGCGCCGUCGAGGUCCUCAUGGGCGCCGGCCUCGUGUGCCGCCCAUGGCUCGACGCCACCAAGCUGCCUCACCUAUGGCGAUGCGUCGACAUAGCUGCCAUGAAGAAGAAGAGAGCCGUGCUGUGCGUCAUGGCGGACGAGGCCGUCAAGCGCGCCGACGGCCAGCUCGAGGCGUUCAUGGCGGGAGCCUUCGUCACCAACAAGCUCCUCAAACAUGUAGGGGACAGCUCGCCCACUCUCAAGAGGCUUUGGCUCGAGUCGUGCUCAUUGGUGACCAGCAAUGGACUCGCCCAGAUGAUCGCCAUGGCUCCUCUUCUCGAGGAGCUCGUGCUCAGCUACUGCCGCAAGGUUGCAUCUGAAAUCGAAAAUCUUAAUUUUGAUAUAGAUAUAUUCAAUUAG